CAUGCAGCAGUUGAACGAGAACGGCGAAAGGGGAUAAGUUAAAGUCACGCAUGUGAUUGUUUAUAUGAAUGUUUAUGUUUAUUUAUUAUUUAUGACAAUUCCCUCAUGCACAAUUCAGCUCUGCGAAUCUUGAAACGGUUUCAUGAACGAAACUUGUUAGAUGUUGCAAGUAAAGCAAAGACUUGCUGCAUAAAUUCACUGUUUGUCAGACACAAGUCGCUUAUAAUGAUAUUGGACGACGAAAAGUUGCAAGACUUGGAAAUUCCCGUCCAACAGGAAGUUCACUUGUUAUCCUGGUUGCGCACUGUAGCUCCCGUGUUCCCUGUGAAUAGCUCCAAGAUCACUAUAGUUCAUGAGCCACAAGCGUUUUACACAACCCUGUUGGAAAAAUGCAGGCACGCCAGGAAGAGAAUCACAUUGGCCUCUCUGUAUUUAGGUACUGGCACUCUAGAGACCGAGCUAGUAAACGUGAUAAAACAAGCAAUGAAUACGGGUGAUGGCAAUGUGCAAGUACGAAUUUUGUUGGAUUACAUGAGAGGUUCGCGAGGCAAACAAAACUCCCGAAAGAUGCUUGAACCGUUGUUGAAAGGCAAUUAUGGGAAAAAUUGCAAGAUAUUUCUUUAUCACACGCCAAAUCUGCGCGGUAUUAUGAAGGCAGCGAUCCCAGAUCGUUUCAACGAGUUGAUUGGUCUGCAACACAUGAAAAUAUACAUGAUUGAUGACGACUUGAUUAUUAGCGGGGCAAAUCUCAGUAACGAUUAUUUUACAAAUCGUCAGGAUCGAUAUCUUGUUAUCGAAGAUUGCAAGGAACUUUGUGACUUUUAUCAUACACUGAUCGAGAAAGUGACAGAAUUUAGCUUUCUGUUGCAACCAGACGGUGAUACAAACUUGAAUUCUGCCAUAAAUUGUCAUCCUUACAAAGGAUCGAAGAACACUUUUACUCAAGAGGCCGCAUCGAGAAUACAAACAUUUUUUCAAAGCGAAAUAGAAAAGCGUACUGAUCUCGACAAAACAGAUACUGUAGAUGCGGACACAUGGAUAUUUCCACUGGUGCAAAUGGGUCAGCUAAAUAUCUAUCAUGAUAGCGAAGUAACAUUGAAGCUUUUACGAACAGCUCCAGCAGGAGCUACGCUUAAACUGGCGACCGGUUAUUUCAAUUUAACUUCCGAUUACAGUCAGGCUGUGCUCAGAGAGUGUCGAGCAACGUGUCAUCUUCUAACAGCGCACCCUACUGCCAAUGGAUUUUUCAGUGCGCUAUCAUUUUUAUUGAUUUAUAUCAACAUAAAUUAUCUUCAUUUUUUUUAUUGUUUAAAUAUUUCAAUCAUGAUCCAAUUUACCCAUUUUUCAGAUGCCAAAGGAAUUGCCGGAAAGAUUCCAGCAGCAUAUAGUACGAUAGAGAAUUCGUUUUAUAAUUUAUGUGAAAAACUGAAUCAGCAGGAAAGAGUGAUAUUAUGGGAGUUUGUUAAACCAGGAUGGACAUACCAUGCGAAAGGUCUUUGGUACACUUUCCCAAAUCAGCAGAAACCCUCGUUGACUCUUGUAGGCUCACCGAAUUUCGGUUAUAGAUCGGUGAAUAGAGAUCUUGAGACGCAGUUGGCUCUGGUGACGAAAAAUAAGAAGUUGCAGAACGCGCUGCACGAGGAACAGGCACGAUUGUUCUCUUGCGCUAAGCCUGUCACAAGGAAGACCUUUUCGCAACAAGACCGAGUACCGCCAGCUUGGGUGUGCGCUAUCGUACUCUUCUUUCGCUAUUAUUUCUGAAGAUUACAACGUCUUAGUAUUUUACACUCCAGAAAAACUUAAUUUUAUCUACCGUUUGUCGCUACGCCAACGCAGAGUGCCAAGGGGUAGUGUUAAAACAAAUUCCAUAUUUUAAGUUCAAUUCUGUGUAAGAUAUAUUUGUUAAAUAAAUAGAAAGAUUGUACGUUAA